AUGGCGUAUGCAUCUGGUGGUGGAUCUAGUCUACAAGGCGUAGUGAUUGGCGAUUUGAACAACGAUACUAACCUGGAUAUCGUCUUAGCUAAUUAUGGCACUAAUAAUAUUGGCGUCCUUUUUGGAUAUGGAAGUGGUAGUUUUGAAAACCAAAUGAUGCUUAGCACUGGCGCGAAUUCUCAUCCGAUUUCCAUUGCGGUUGGGGACUUCAAUGGUGAUUGCGUACUGGAUAUUGCUUUAGCCAAUAAUGGUACCAAGCAUGUAGAUAUGAUACUUGGAAAUGGGAAGGGAAAAUUUGCAAUUCAAACAAGUUAUGAAAUUGGUUUUGAUUCACCUCCAUUAGUUAUGGCUUCUGGUGAUUUUAAUAAUGACAAACGAUCGGAGAUCGUGAUCGUUAACGGUGGAAGUAAUCAUGUGGAUAUCUUUGUUGCGUACAAUCGUGGUUCUUUUGAAAAUCAAAUAAGGUAUUCAGCUGGCUCUUAUCCAUCAUCUGUAGUUGUUGGUGAUUUCAACAACGACACUCGACUAGAUAUCGUUGUCGCCAAUCUGGAUAGCAAUGAUGUGAGUGUCCUUCUUGGAAAUGGAAAUGGUUCUUUUGAAAAUCAAACAAGAUAUUCAGCUGGCUCUUAUCCACGAUCUGUAGUUAUUGGUAAUUUCAACAACGACACUCGACUAGAUAUCGUUGUCGCCAAUAGGGGUAGCAAUGAUGUGAGUGUCCUUCUUGGAAAUGGAAAUGGUUCUUUUGAAAAU